ACAAUUAUUUUUGCUUAUAUAAAGAAGUGUGCUUGCCAUUCAAUAUGUUAAUUCUGCCAACUGCGUCAAACCCAGACAUCAUAGCCAUGAACAAGUUCGCUACCCUGGCGGUUAUCUACUGCGCCUGCAUCGUGAGCAGCUGUUAUGCCAGCGGCUACGCUGCGCCCCAAAGCUACGGACCCCAGAAGAGCUCCGCUGCUGGGGGCAACCAGCAGUAUGUGCGCCCCGUGGAGAUCAUUGCGGGUGGACCCAGUAGCGGCUAUAGCCCCAAGAUCCAGCCACCCAUCCCGAUAAGCGGAGGAUAUGGCGGCAUCCAGCAUAGUGCCGGAUACAAACCCCACCCCCGUUGGUCCGUCCAGCCCGCCGGAGCCACGCUCCUCUAUCCCGGCCAGAACAACUACCGCGCCUACGUCUCGCCCCCGGAAUACAGCAAGGUGCAGCUGCCUAUCCGUCCCGCCGCUCCGGUGGCCAAGCUCUACAUCCCCGAGCAGCAGUACGCUGGCAGUCAGUACGGUGGCAGCCAGUACAGUGGCAGCCAGUAUGCUGGCAGCCAGUACGGUGGCAGCCAGUACGGUGGCAGCCAGUACGGUGGCAGCCAGUACGCUGGACAAAGCAGCAGCGGCUACUAGGCGUAUACUUGAUCUCAGCCUGAUGGUGUACACAAUGUACAUAAUAAACUAGAAAACAAAAAACCAUAA